AUGGCUCGUUGGCUCUCUUUUUUUCGCGUAGUGCUGGGUAGCGCAGAGUUUGAAAACUCUAAGGUGAAGCUGUCACCACGUAAUCGUGCGAGAUUACAUCGGUAUGCACUGACCGAUGGUCUGUUGUACUAUAGUACAGGGUCGGAUGACCAGCCUUGUGUUGUAGUGCCUCAUGAUGAGGACCUCAAGUAUCACAUACUUUAUAAGUUUCAUAAAGUAUGUAGCUUCGAGGGUGGUUCUAGCAUCCCGAUCAUGGUCUAG